AUGCUGUUUGUUGAGACUAUGACCGUCCCAUGGAUUAGAAACAUGUUUCCAGCCAGUAUCUACAAAGUGUCUGAAGAUGUGAUCGUGAACGAGGGCAGUAACGUCACGCUGAGCUGUUUGGCCAGCGGCAGACCGGACCCCAUCAUCACCUGGCGACUGCUCAACCCCUCAGCAGAGCCACUGGACGGGGAGGAGUUCCUUGACAUUAUCGGCAUCAUGCGAAGCCAGGCGGGUCGAUACGAGUGCAAGGCCAGCAACGACGUGGCCACGCCCGACUUCAAAUAUGUCAAUGUUGUGGUCAACUACCCUCCCACAAUACAGAAGAUCCAGAGCUCGGAGACUCCGGUGGGCCGAGUGGGCAUGCUGCAGUGUGACGCCAAUGCUGUGCCCAAGCCCGAGUUCGAGUGGUACAGGGACGACAAGAGGAUGACUAACUCUCAGAGCAUCAACAUCCAGAUGCUGGGCACCACCACCAUCCUGGUUUUCUCCAACGUGAGUGAAGAGGAUUAUGGGAACUACACCUGUGUGGCAACCAACCGACUGGGCAUCCAGAACGCCAGCGUCUUCCUCUAUAGACCUGGGACUGGCCGGGACAUCAACAGCUCCACCUCCGUUUCUCAGUCGCUGUGGCUCAUGGCGGCCUGCAUGGCCUUCCUCCUCUUCAAGUGUUAA